UUCAUAAUUUUGGAGGGAAGGGAGACAGGAACAGGACAGGGUAGAUUUGUAAGUUGCAACCAGGAGAGAGAGAAAGAGAGGAGAGAGAGAAUCCUAAAUAAGGCCAGACUACCCGACCAUGGCACUCCCGUGAGAGUGACAAAAGCCAUUGCCCCCCUCAAGAGUGGCCACUUAACUCAUCAGAAAAGGAAAAAAAAAAAAGAGUAAAAAGGGUUAAGGAAAAACUUGUCUUAUCCUACGCACCCUCCUUUGUUAUCCUACACCACCACCCUAAUUUCAGUGAUCAGUUCCUCUUCUUUCUUCCCAUUUGUUUAUGCCUUAUGGUCCCAGGUCCCCCCCAAACCCAAACCCCCCACCUCUUCCCUCCUUACCCCACUUUUUGGACCUCUUUCUCUCUCCUAAUUAUCCUACGGAGCUCCUUUACCCCUCUAGUUGGGGGGUACCUUCACAUAUGACCGUUAGUUUACAUUUCUGAACUUCUCCAUCUUUUUUGCCCUGUAAUUUUAAGACCCUUUAUGCUUCUGGUUCUUUGAUCAUCCUCACAUGGCAUGAUCUGUAGCAUAUUAUUUCAUUUACUCUUAACUUUCUGUAAUAAUCAAAUUCAUUAUCAAUCAGAUCUGGGUUGUUGCUCUAAAGAUAUUUUGACACCUCAGAAAAAGGAUCUUCAUUUUGAGCUGUUGGGUCUUUUUCUUUUGAUGGGAGCGUGAAUGUGGGAUAUAUGAAAGUCUGUGAGUUAUGUACAUUUGAUAAAAAGUUGACCAAUGUCGUCUAAUCUAUGUAGUUUGGAUGGAUGUAUUUGAGGCCCUCCAAGAAUUACAUAAAGAAUCAGCUGUGGAUACCACAAGAAGACCACUGGUUCCGGCAGAGAAGAACAAUGGAUUCACAGCCACACGGCGGUCCCGGACCAGGGAAGUUAGCUCUAGAUACAAAUCACCAACACCAUCAAAUAUCAAUUCACGGCGAUGCCCAUCACCAAACUUUACAAGAAAUGUUAAUUCUUCAUUACCAUCAUCCCAAUCGGCUCCCAAGAGAGCUUUAUCUGCCGAAAGGAGAAGACCGUCAACACCGCCAUCACCGUCUGGUUCCUCAACACCGGUCUCAGAUACAUCGGCAGAGUCACUGUUAUCGGCCAAAAAGAUGAUAAGCAGUAGGUUGCCAGAGGUAUUAUGGCCUUCCACAAUGCGUAGUCUUAGUGUUUCUUUUCAAUCUGAUAGCAUUUCAAUACCUGUUAGUAAAAAAAAAGAAAAAGAGAAACCAGUUACACAUGCUCUCUCAGAUCGCACUUUGAAGCCAUCAUCCAAUGUAGCUCAAAAGCAGGCUGAGACAGCUGCUUCUUUGAGAAAACCAACACCGGAGAGGAAGAGGAGCCCGUUGAGAGGGAAGAAUUUAUCUCAUCAAUCUGAGAAUUCUAGACCUGUUGAUAGUUCACAUGCACGGCUGAUUGAUCAGCAUCGGUGGCCGAGUAGAGCAGGUGCCAAAUUGUCUUCUAGUAGUAUGACAAGAAGUGUGGAUCUCACUGAUAGAAUUGGCAAAGUUUCAAGUUCUUCAAUUCCUAGUAUUGGGACACCUUCGUUAAGGAGACUGUCAGCUGAUGGUAUUCCUAGACCUUUACAUAAAACUUCUAGUGAUGCUUCACAGCAGUCAUCAUUUGAUGAUCAUAUUGGGGGAUUGGGGUUGCGGAUGAAGUCAGUGGAUGAUAGUUUACUGAGAAUAUCUGCAAGGCACAGAGGCAGUGGAUUGAGUUCGUCAGAAAAAGCGACAUCACCUGCUUGUUCAGUCAGAUCUGGGUCAUUGCCUGGCUCACGUCUGCCGUCACCAAGUAGGGCCUCCAUUUCUAAAGCUACGCCUAGUCCAUCCAAAACGAGACCAUCCACUCCAAUUCAAUCUAGAGGGACAAGUCCGUCAAGGAUUAGGCCGUCUAGCCCCACCAGACAACCCACCAGUACAACUUCGGUCCUCAGUUUUCUUGCUGAUAUUAAGAAAGGCAAGAAAAACAACCAACUAGAAGAGGCUCAUCAGUUGCGCUUGUUGUAUAAUAGACAUCUGCAAUGGAGAUUUGCUAAUGCUCGAGCAGAGGGUGCUCUAUAUAUUCAGAAACUUACUGUAGAGCAAACACUAUAUAAUGUCUGGGAAACAAAUUUGGAACUCUGGGAUUCCGUUAUAAGGAAACGUGUUGAUCUUCAACAGCUGAACCUGGACAUAAAGCUUAAUACAGUGUUGAGUGAGCAAAUGGCAUACCUAGAAGAUUGGGCUUUACUUGAGAGAGACCAUGCUACUUCUUUGAAUGGAGCAAUUAAAGAUCUUGAGGCUUGCACUCUUCGGCUUCCAGUUACUGGAGGGGCAAAAGCUGAUAUUGAUUCUUUGAAGGCUGCAGUCAGCUCUGCUGUUGAUGUGAUGCAGGCGAUGGGUUCCUCCGUCUGUUCUGUGCUAUCAAAGGUUGAAGGAAUUAAUGGCUUGGUUUCUGAGCUCUCUGAAUUGGCAGGACAGGGGAGGGCCUUGCUUAAUGAGAGUGAGGCUCUGUUGGCUUCUACAUCAGCCAUGCAGGUCAAAGAAUACAGUUUGAGGACACAGCUAAUACAAUCACAAGAAGAUUCAAAGAAGACAAGGCAGCCGUUAUUAUGGGCAACCUAAACUCCUUUUGGUCAUACUACUGGAUGCUGAAGCUAACAGUUUUUUUUUUUUCCCACUUUGCCAUUUCUUAGGUCUUCAAAGAAAUGUAAAUUAGUUAUUUAUUAGUUCUCUUCUUUUCUUCCCCCUCAUUCCCAUUUUAGGCUUUUUCUCUUCAUUAGGUCUUUUUUUUUUCUUUUUGUCUUAUUUAUCUAGUGGGAAUAUUUUUUUUUUCUUUCGAAAAUGAGUUCUUGAGCUCACUUUUCUCCCUGCAUGUAAUUUUUGUAUCACUCAAAAGGAAAGAAAAUUGUUGAGAAAAAAAAAUUUACAAGUAGUUUAAGAUGAAAAGAAUAUAGAAAAGUACAUGCAUAGGGUGUUUCCCAACGCAGGAGAAAUGGAGCAUAUUCUUCUAAAGAUAAAGUGUAUAUAUGUUACUAAUAAUAUUCUGUUUUGAAUUC